AAGCUAUUUUUAUCUUUCAUUCAGCCAGGCCCAAACCAGAGAGACCCCCUUCUCUCUCUUUCUGCUCCUUCUGGAUCUCUCCUCUCCUCCUGUCCUGGAGAAACUUCUGGAUUUCUGACCACAGCGUUAAGACCGGGAGAGGCGGCCAGCUCGGAGGUAGAUAUCUGAACAGGAGUCAAACAAAUAGCGACUGUAGAGUGAAGAAGAGGAACCAGCGAGGCCGACAUGGCGCUGCUCUGCUACAAUAAAGGCUGUGGACAGAAGUAUGAGGCUGACAAGAACAAGGACGAUUCCUGCCGCUUCCACCCUGGAGUCCCCAUCUUCCACGAUGCUCUGAAGGGCUGGUCCUGCUGUAAGAAAAGGACGACAGACUUCUCAGAGUUUCUCUCCAUCAAGGGCUGCACCCGCGGGCGCCACAGCAACGAGAAGCCCCAGGAGCCUCUGCGGCCGGAGGUGACAUCAAAUAAGGGGGACAUCAAACACACCAACGGCCAGGAGAUAAUCUACCAGGGACCCAAAUCUGCAGAGAAACUGCAGAAAGAGAGACCCAGCUCAGACGAGCCCAUGACCAAGCUGCCCCCGAAAGUGUCAGCGUCGCUGGCUCAGGUGCUGGAGAAACUGGAAAUCAGUCAGAAAACAGAGAAAGAGCAGAAAGAGAGUCAGAUGGUCAUGCCUGGGACAAGAUGCAAGAACACAGGAUGCAAAACAGUCUAUCAAGGCCCAGAGACAGACAUGGAAGUCUGCACCCACCACCCCGGUGCACCCGUCUUCCACGAGGGGUACAAGUACUGGAGCUGCUGCUGCAUAAAGACAAUAGACUUCAACGCUUUCCUCGACCAGAAGGGCUGCACCACAGGGAAACACCGCUGGAUCCCAAAACAGGACAAGAAGAAGGUGGCGUGUCGACAUGAUUGGCACCAGACUGGGAAUAGUGUCGUUGUGACGAUUUACGCCAAGAACGCAUACCCUGAAUUGUCCUGCAUAGAGGUCAACCGGACAGUGCUCUCAUGUCAGAUCCAGUUUGAGAACAAUAAGAUUUUCAAGAGAGAAUUCCACCUGUGGGGGGUGAUCAAUGUCAAAAAGUGCUCGGUCAACAUGGUCCCGUCCAAAGUGGAGAUCUCCCUGUGUAAGGCCGACCAGGUGGCCUGGGGCAAACUGGAGGACCCCAACUACAAGCCGGAGCCAGAGCCCGUGGAGGACUCCUUCACCGAGAACGAGUCUUACCAGCAAGACUGGGACAUCGACGACGACGACAUCAGCGACUCGGACGAGGAGUGGGCCUACGACACGCCGGAGAAUAAAAAGCAGAACCAGGACAGAGAUGAGCAGAUGAAGACAGAGGAAGAGAAGCAGAAUUUACAGAGAAAGGAAGUGGAGGAGGAGAUGAAGAGAGCGAUGGAGGAGAGGAAGAAGGCGGAGGAGGAGAAGAAGAAGCUAGAGGAGCAGAGAAGGCAGGAGGAGGCAGAAGGAUAUGAAGACAUGCCCGAUCUUGAGUAAACGAGGUGAUGAUCAAAUCUUAUUUGGUUGAAAAAAAUAAUUGAUUGAAUUAAAUUUUUGUAAUGAGACAAACCAAAGUUGUACUUUGGAAACAAUUAAUUUCCAACUCCAUGUUUUGUACAACCACUUUCUAACUUUGGAGGUCCUCCAGAGGAAAUAUAAGAGGUUGAUUCUCUUGAAGCAGUCAGUUAGAUAUUUGGUUGACAUACACACUGGAUCCUUAUAUUUAUUUAAUAUAAUGCUUGACAUAGUGAUGUCUUUGUCCUCAAAUGUGAACAUACUCAGACACCACUGGAUGCAACUUCAAUACAACAAAUAAAGACUUUUUCUAUGUCUGUU